AUGGCUGCAGUCCAGCGAGGCUACCAGUCAAUGCAAGGAAAAGUGACUGCAUCACAACUGGAAAAAGCGAUUGCAGAAUUCAAGAGAAGGAUCGAAGAUGGUGAAGAAAACGUGGAAGUUGUCGUCGCAACUCGUGUUCCAGUGGUGAAAUGGCUCAAGAGUUCCAUUAACCGUUUUCACUCAGUGUUUAUCGAAGUUCGAUAUCUUGGAGGUGAAAGAUUAGCAGGUUUGGUGAUCAAAAAAGUGCAGGGGCGUGCGCAUCGACGCGCUGUGACAGAAAUUGGUAGCCAAUUAGGAAACUACGCCGUCAAUACUGGCGGCUUUUUGGCUGCAGGUGGUGGCGAUAUGAAUAUGCGUAGUCCUUUUGUCUAUUCAAAUGCUUCUUCCGGUGAGUUUCACCUUCAUCUUUCGAAUUUUGAUUUUCGAUCAUCGUAA